CAAACGCGCGCCGCUAAGCUAGAGAUGUGAUAGCGAACGCGAAAUAGAAACUCAGUUGAGUUAGCGUUCCACCGCGACCGGUCGUCUCUCGAAUCGACUGAUUAGUGCAACGAAGGAAGUGCCUUUAGUGGUGUGUAAAAGUGUAUUUUUGUAAGUUUUACCAAACAAGUGCCUAGUAGUGUGUAUAUUUUAAGUGUUGACUGAAAAUAUAUCUCGUCACUAUGGAAUUGAGAAGGUUGUCCUUAUGCCUGGCGUUCCUGUUGGUCGCUGUUAUCUCACAUAGUUCAGAAGCGAGACACUCGUUGGAGCGACGAGAGGCUGAUGUGGACUUCUUCCAGGACGACCCGGGCUCCGACAACGAACAGAACGACGAAGGAGACGAUGAGGACGGGCCCGUUCCGAAUGCCACCAUCCUCACCAAGCCGGAGGUAUACAAAGUGCCUAUAGGAGUAGGAGUGCGGUUGGAGUGCAGAAUCGAUAUACCAGAUACAAUGGUGACCUGGAUGAGAGGAGACAUAGGCCUGGUAGUGCUUGGUACACUGAUGGCUGAUCCGAGAAAGUAUCAGAAGAGCGGCACCGACCUCAUCAUCAACAAUGUGACGCAGACAGACGCUGGCGGCUACCAGUGCAAGGUUGAGCAAACGCCGCCCGUUCAAAUUGAGCAUCGGAUCGAGACUGUCCAGCCUGCUCAAAUUACGAGCAUCACAGCUUCAGACGAAGGCAAACCAGCCCCAGGAGCCGAUCUUACCCUGACUUGCACUGCCACCGGUAUCCCCGCUCCGAAGAUCAUUUGGUCGAAGCUGGUCAAUGGACAGAACGCGAAGCUCGGGGAAGGCGCCGUCCACACCAUCAAGAAUGUGAAGGUGGAAGAUUCUGGAAGGUACUUCUGCUACGCGAUGGGCAACAACAAUGCAGACACGAAGACUGUUGAUGUCUCUGUUAGAAGGAAGCCCAAGGUGCACGUGCACCGCGCCGUGAUCAACUCGGCCAUCGGCGUCGAGGCCCUCAUGAGGUGCAACGUGCACGAACAAGAACCGGUCACAAUCAGGUGGUUCAAGGGUGACCAGGAGAUCGAUUGGUCGCGGUACACCACGCGAGGCACCGAAUCCAACUUGACUGUGACACCGCAGUCGGACGCAGACUUUGGCACCUACACUUGCAGGGCCGAAUGUGACUUCGGCACUCACCACCGUUCCAUCGAGCUGGUCGAGACGCCUGUAGUGGAGAGGCUAGAGGCCGACGGCAGCAAACUCUCGUGGUCCGUGCACUCGCACCUGCCACUCACGAGCAUCGAGAUACAGCUCAUUGAUACUGCCAACCUGGUGGAGACGCCUGUAGUGGAGAGGCUAGAGGCCGACGGCAGCAAACUCUCGUGGUCCGUGCACUCGCACCUGCCCCUCACGAGCAUCGAGAUACAGCUCAUUGAUACUGUCAACGGCAGUAGACGGCGCUCGAAAGCGUAUGCGAUUUUCCGGGCCGAAUGUGACUUCGGCACUCACCACCGUUCCAUCGAGCUGGUGGAGACGCCUGUAGUAGAGAGGCUAGAGGCCGACGGCAGCAAACUCUCGUGGUCCGUGCACUCGCACCUGCCUCUCACGAGCAUCGAGAUACAGCUCAUUGAUACUGUCAACGGCACCUUAAAGAAGUUCGACGUACCGGUGCCAGACCACAAGACACACGAAUACGACUUUACAUACGUGGUGAACUCAGUGGAACCUGGACUCUAUGAUGCAGUGGUUAAGGUUGAAAACUCGAAGGGCAUGGGCGAGAACAGCCAAGCGGUUGAACUUAAAGAAGUGGGUCCCUCGCCCGGCGCGGCGCACGCGCACCACCCGACGACGGCGCUCAUCUCCACCGUGCUCAUGUACCUGCUCGUACGGAUGCUGUAAACGUAUUAGUCCCUCUAGUAUUGGUUCGUGGUAAACACACUCGCACCAUUGUUUAAGCUGGGCUAGUUUCCUAAAAACGCACUUUCAUUAUACCAACUGACGCCUCAGCCUUACGUCGCACAAAAGUUACAGAGAUAAGGGCCCACAGACAAGACAUCCUCCAGACUGAGCAUAGUAGCUCUACCCCCUCUGCCACAAUAUACGGUAGUUUUACUCCAUUUUCGAGUCGAAAGUGUCUUUGUGUGACGUCCGUGUUUUUGAACGGACCAAUCGCGGCACGGGACCUCGCUCACCUCGUCCCCGCAGCCCAGUAUUUUUGGCAGCAUCGGUUUCGUGAAAUUAUUGCUCUAAACUCAGUCUAGAGGAUUCCUAGCUUAUGUAAGGGCUAACGCAGCGGAUAUCAAAACAUUUAUUCUUCUAGCACUCGAAUACGCAAGAGUAAUGGAGAGUCAGAUAAAGAUACCGAAAUUUCAACAUUCGAUCUCACAUUGUUGGAACGGUUCGUAACGGCUAAGUAGUUUUUAUACAUCGUCAAACUCAUAUGAGUUUUUACUACUUUAGAAAUUAUGAAAGUGCUAAAAAUAAGUCAAAUUUCACUAUCCAAUACAACCUUAAGUUACAUUAGAAAACUCAUUAAAUUAGGUAAUGGAUUACCGCGCAGAAAAGUACAAGUUUUUUUUUCUAAUGCAACAUACGAUUGUUAUGAACUUUUUAUUUUACCAUGAUUGGAUAACUUAAUUCGCCUACAGGAAACUAGCCGUUAAUGCUUGUAAGAAUAGAAAAUUGGAAUGGUGUCAGAAAUAGGAUUGUUUACCUAACAGCUAAAAUUGUAGCGCUUAUGUACUAUCUAUUUAUAUCUUUACUGUUUGUAGAAUGUACAAAAAUAUUUUUUGUAUAUAUUUUUGUGCGCGCAUUUUUUUUUAUUCUAAUGAUCCCACUUUUGUAAUCGAGCUUUUAGUAUCUUUUUGCAUUUGUGUUUAAUUUUCGGUAUUUAAACAUUUUGUACAAAAAUGUAGACACCAUUUUUGUGUUUCAACUACCUACUUCAAUGUGCGUGUAUUAAAGACAAUUUUUCGCUAAAAUCAAAGCUGUCUGUAAGUUUUAAAAUGAUCGCGUACCUAUUAUUUUCAAAACUAUAUGUGUAACUAUUUUUCUAUUUUCAAUAUUACACGUAUGUUGACAUAAGUAGAAGAAACACCAAUAAGUAUAGGUACUUAUUUACCAAGUUACUUUAAAGUGUUUUUUUAUUAUUUUUUGUAAAAAAUUGAUAGCAGAGAUACUUAAAAAUUAGCAGGUUACAUUUAACUUAAUCAAUUAAAAAAAGAAGCGAGUUUUAAACAUGUUGUAAGUUCAAUAUUGUACAACCAAUGUAAAUAUUAUUUUUAAUAUACGUUCAGUAGGUACACUAUUUGUAUUAGUUUAAUUUUCGACUUCUUAUUUACUCCUCUUUCACUAAUUAUAUUAAUACAGAAAUAUGUACAAUUCAAAUUGAAAGAAGUCGUCGUUCUCACAGUUAAUUAAGCUUUUUAGUGUUUUAAUGUUAGGUAAUUAUUACCAAAGUGUAAUUAAGAAUGACGUUUAGUUUAUUAUAUUAGUUUAUGAGCAGGUCGUAUGUACUUCAUUCAAAAAUAUAAUCAAAUUUGCUUAUUGUGAAUUUUCCUUAUUUAAAAAAAUGGAUCGAUAUUUUCAUAGGCUAAAUUUUAAAUAACUUCUUUAUAUGGUUGUACGAUUUAAAGAAGUUAUUUAAUUACAGAUAAUUAAUCAAAUACCUAUAAUAAUAAAACAUAUAAUGCUGUUAUUCACUAGCUUUACAAAAAUGUAAAUGUUAAAUAAUACAAGUCAUACCGUCGCUGCCAUAAUAUUAUACAAACAGUAAUCGAAUAAUGUAAAUUAAUUAUUAACUAAGAUCUAUAUUACCAGUAAAAUAACUAUUAUUAUAAUACAAUGUGCCUGUAAUUUAUAAAAAUCAAUAGUUCCAGUUAAGGUGCUUAAUAGUCCUUUUUAUACAAAAUCUUCCAUUGUUUAUGAUAAUAAUAGUAAAAUAUUACCUACUAGUCUUAUUGUAAUAUUCAACAGUUCUUAAUUACUUUGGAUAUAAUAAUUAUUAUAGUUAAAUAACUUAAACUAUUGGUUUAUCCAACAGUGAAUUAAUUAAACAAACAUUGUAUUUAUUAAAGAUGUUUCCAGUGCUUUUAAAUAAUUGGGUAUAUAAAAUUGCAUUUAAAAAGCGAAGACAUUAUAGGACGAGACGAUAAAAAUAAACCUCGAUUAAACAAUGAAAUGGUCAGGUUUAAGACACUUUGUUUUUAUCAAUUGCUAAAAUUGAUUUAUAAUGUAACCAUAUUAAUGUUUUCACAUUACAUAAAAUAAGCAGUAUAUGAAAUUUAUCUCGUAUGAGCCAAAAUGUAUACAAAAUUAAAAUUAAAUGUGCCUUAACGCUAAAAAAAGACUUUCUACAUAAAUAUGACCAGGUUUAUUAAAAAUAUAAUGUAACACUUCUCGGUCAUUUUAAUUGGUUUAAAAUAAUAUGCCGUACGAUGUCUACGGAUAUGUUAGGCACAAAACAUAUGAGGGUCAUCCAUUAAUUACGUCACACGUUUAUGGGCACGGAGAGGGUCAAGCAAAUGUGACAUGUUGUAACAAGGGGGAGGGGGGAGUCACAAACUUUGUGACGUCACUUUAACUUCAUCUGUAAACGGAAAAUAAAUUUUAUUCGCUAUACAAUUAAAUAAUUAACGUAUUUUUUUAAUCGGUUUCGUGUUAUAAAAUUCCGAAUAGGUAUUGCUUUAAUCAAAAAAAAUAUUUUAUACUAAAAUGAUUCGAAUAAUAAAAAAAAUCGAAUUGCCGAUUUCGUUGAAAACAACACUAAAAAAUAUGUGUCGUCACACAAAUGAGGGAGGGGUUUUCCAAAUGUGACCAAGUGUGACAAGGUGGGGGGAGAAGUCAAAAUCGUGAAAUUCGUGUAACGUAAGUUAUGGUAUGGAAACCUCUCUACACACGCACCUCGACAUGUAUAUUGUGCCUAAUGCUAUAAUUUCACUUUAAUUUCAUGGUUUGUAUUUUCGUUAUGUCCACCUAAAAGAGAUACAACAGUGACAUUUCGGCGAGUACAGUCUGACAAAAAAAGUAGAAAUUUAAAGUGGCAACAAUGUAGUGUCGUCCCUUUCAAAUUAAUAUAAGUAAACGGGAUGACACUACAGUAUUGCAACUUUUUUAUUUCUACACUUUUUUGUUAGAAUAUACGGCCACACCUACGGUAUAAGAAUUAAAAUACGUAUUGUGAAUUUGUCUGUAUCAAGUCAACUCUUCGUUGUUUCGGCUAAACUGCCGGCCUAGCCAAGGUUACAAUCGUUAUCGCUUCGACAACGAAAAGCAUUAUGUCUCUCUAUCACUCUUCCAUAUUAGCGCGACAGUGACAGUUGCGUUUCGAUCGCUACGGAGCGUAAGCGAUUGGCAUCUUGGCUACGCGGCCUGUUGUUUCGUUCCGCUAUAGGUGCCUUCUUGUAUUGGAGAUUGUAAAAGGAGGUGAUAUUUUUGUCUUAUAUGAAUAAACGGUUAAUAAAUGUUUGUAAAUAUUA